AGUAGUACAUUGAUGAGAGCUGAAGCACUGCUAGGACAGGUAUUUCGAUCCCCGGGACCACCCAUACGUAGAAUGUAUACACACAUGACUGUAAGUCGCUUUGAAUAAAAGCGUCUGCUAAAUGACAUAUAUUUGAUGAGAGCUGAAACACUGCUAGGACAGAGGUAUUUACAGGGGGGGUAGUAGUACAUUCUGAUGUAGUUUCAAAAGGAGUCUACUGUUCAUUAAUCAUCACACUGCCAUACUCCCCUCUCACCAUACACCCCCAUGCCUCUCUCUCUAGUGUCUCUGACUGGCUCGUGGAGAGUUCCUGUGUUUGUAAUCAUGGUCACGCUCCUCAUCGUGGGCUCUCAAGAGAAACCACCUGUCCCUGGCAACUCGGGUGAGCUGUCAGGACAGGUGUUGUCGUUCGCUGCUAACACCAUCUACAUGGCCAUCUCCUGCAGUAACCUCCACUUGGGCCCCGAGAGAGAUACCAGCAGUGUCUCCGCAGAUGGGGUGGACUCUGUGGGCCCUGGCCCUUCCGGUCCCCCCUCUGUCUUCCCGUUCCCCCGUCAGGCCCGUCCUGAGCUGGGGGGUCUCUUCCAGAAGGAGAAGGGGUCCCAAAGAGCCAGUGAUAUCUACUUUGUCCUGCUGGCCUGGGCUUUUGUACUGGUCCAAGUCUGGCUCAAUCUCUGGAUGCUACAACUACUGCCUAUCCCAGUGGCUGUGUGGGUGUUGAAGAAGCUGGUGGUACAUUUUGGUCUGAAGCGGUUCGCUGAGAAGACUCUGUCGUCAUGGUGGGUAGGACUGGAGAAGUUUGGCCGUGAGCGACAGGACGCCAUCAUGCCUGGACCAAUCAAAGGACUCGUUCAGUUCCUGCUACGCGUUGACACCAAGGUAAUGGCCCACCCCCCCUGGCCAACCCCAUAAGAUAAACAGCCACCCUGCCAAACUCCCUGAGACACACAG